AUGACUGCUUCGCACGGCUCGACAAGCAACGGAGAGCACCUCCCCUGCGACAAGGUGAAGAAAGAGUCUACCGCAGUCUUGUCGCGAGAUCUUCGGGUACAAUUCCCACGCAUUGUUGGCAGCAGCGGAAACUUUCUCUCGCUCAACGAUGGCCGCAAGAUCCUCGAUGCUUCUGGGGGCGCAGCAGUUGCUUGCAUCGGCCACGGCGACACGCGUGUCCACAAAGCAAUGCUCGCCCAGCUGAGCGAGGUAUCUUACUGUGCCACAACCUUCUACUCCACCGAGGCAUACGAGAAUUUGUGCAGAGAGCUUGUGCAGACAACGAAAGGCCACAUGAGCCGUGCCUACAUCGUCAACUCCGGUUCUGAGGCCAUGGAGGCGGCCAUGAAACUCGCCAGACAGUACUUCUUGGAGAAGGCCUCCCCCGAACCCCAGCGGACCAAAUUUAUUGCCAGAUUGUCAAGUUACCAUGGCACCACCCUUGGAGCACUUUCACUUGGUGGGCAUGCUGGACGUCGAGCAAAGUUUGAGCCGAUGCUGCUGGAAGGGACCUCCAGGGUUUCACCCUGUUUUCCAUAUCGAUGCCAAGCGGAAGGGGAGGACGACGAGGCGUUUGUCACGAGGCUUGCAGAUGAGCUAGACCGGGAAUUCCAGAGAGUUGGCCCGGAUUCCGUUUGCGCAUUCGUGGCAGAGCCGGUCGUUGGUGCGGCCCUCGGAUGCGUCCCCGCAGUUCCGGGCUACUUCCAAGCGAUGCGUGACGUCUGCGACAAGCACGGGGCGCUCCUCAUCUUGGACGAGGUCAUGUGCGGUAUGGGCCGCACGGGAACAAUGCACGCAUGGGAGCAAGAGGGCGUCGUCCCGGACAUACAAACUCUUGGCAAAUGCCUUGGUGGUGGCUACCAGCCCAUUGCAGGUGUCCUUGUCGGCAAGAAAGUGGCGCACGCUUUGGAACAAGGCACUGGAGUCUUCGUGCACGGCCACACGUAUCAGGGCCACCCGGUUGCGUGCUCCGCCGCGCUGGAGGUCAUGAAAAUCAUGCAGACGGAGAAAUUGGUGUCAAAUGUGUCUGCAAUGGGGGCUCUCUUGUCGAAACGCCUGCAAGAGCAAUUGGCAGCUCAUCCGAAUGUGGGUAACAUACGUGGCCGUGGUCUCUUCUGGGGUAUCGAGUUCGUCGUCGACAAGGCCACAAAGGAGCCAUUCCCUGCCAAUGCCGCCAUCGCGAUGAGGCUUUCCGAGCUUGGCCUUCUUGACCCGUACAAUAUUGCCGUGUACCCUGGGUCGGGAACUGUUGAUGGCGUCCAGGGCGAUCAUAUCAUUGUGUCGCCGCCGUACAACAUUACAGCCGAGGAUGUCGAGCUCAUUGCCGGCAAAGUCAGGCGUCUGAUUGAGAACUUCUUCGCGAAGGACUCUAUCAUGGCGACAAUGGCGGUCGGGCUCGCCAACGGGCGGCAUGCUGCCGACGAGGAGGCCCGCGCCGAGGUCGACGUCCUCAACUCGCGUCUCGACAAGACGACCCAAUUGUCCAAGAAGAUACAGGCUUGCCUCGGCCGGCUCGAGGCCACCGGCAAGAGCGUUCGCGAUGUAUCCGGACCUCUUAACGGAGAAACCAAGAAGCUCCAGGUCUUGGGGAACAAUAUCGAUUCUGUCAUUGCAGCCAUCGAGAAGCUCCGCCAACCCGCCGAGAACAAGAAUGAUGAAGAAGCCAUUAUUCGACAAGGCCCCGAGAAAGCAGGCUUGUCGAUGUACCUCAACUCGAUCAAGCGGCUGAACAAAGCCCUGGCCGAUAUGAAGGCCUCGAAUCUUCGUGCCAACCGAGAUACCAUGGCCGACCUGCAGCGUCUCAUCAAGUCCGGCAACACCCAACUCGAAGGUGCAUUCGACAAGGUCCUGCGCGCACAGACACCGCGAUCUAUCGAGCCUCUGAACUUCAUCACCAAGAACAAUCCAUUCCCGCUCAUCUCACGGGACCCUGUUGGUCAGCUAGGGCUCAUGAAUGCCUACGUGUCAGCCAACACGGCAGGCGAGAACCCCCUCGUUAAGAUCUAUGCCGAGAUCAGAGGCCCAUACCUCUCGCAGAGCUUAGUAAAUCUGGCAUAUGCUAGCGGGAACACUGCGCGGAAGAAGACUGCCGAUGCGAUAUACAAGUCUGGUACAAAUGGCAUCGGCAUGUAUGCUCAAGCCAUGGAGGGGCUGCUCGUGGCUGAGUACGAGAACAUAUGUGGCAUUUUUACCAGGCAGGAUUGGGGACCGGCAUUCCAGACAACAAGCCAGUCGCCACUAGCAGAGCUCGCUCGCACCGUACGAGAGCUCAACAACCACAUCAAAAGCCACCUGACGACCGACUGUUACCUUGCAUACGAGGUUGUUGAGAUCAUGUCAAGCCUAUCGAAUAACCUGGAAACCCGGACCGGGGAACUCAAGGCCACCUUGGGCGCUGCACUGCGACCUGUUCGAGACACAGCCAAGGCAUCUCUGGGCGAGCUCUUGGAGGAGACGAAGCGAAAAGUGUCCGCCAUCCAGGCGCUUCCUUCGGAUGGCGCCCCAUUACCCGUGGCUUCCGAGACCAUGACGCGUCUGCAGACCAUGGUAGAAUUCCUCCGGCCCAUCUCGAGCAUCAUGAUCUCACUCGGCGAUGGUGGAUGGAAGUCAGGCGCAGCCGCGGCAAGCAGCACUGAUGCAAUCCCAAGUCUCUCCUCCUUUGACAUUGGCGCCGAUGGAAAAGAGAUCUUUGCCCACUACUGCACGGACUCCAUAGACGCACUGAUGCUGGCUCUGGAGCAGAAAGCCAGAGUGCUGCUCAAGGGCAAAUCUGUACUGGGCGUCUUCCUCGCGAACAACGUCACAAUCAUAGAGCGCAUGAUUCGAGACUCUGAUCUGAAUCCCCUGCUUGAAGGCAAGCUCGGCUCCCUGGAGGGCUGGCGCAAAAAGGCGAAGGCGCUCUACUCGGAAGCUUGCAAGGACGUUUCUAUGCAUCUGUUUGAUGUCAUUCACACCAACAGGGCUCAGAGGCCUCCGUCUGGAUCUAUCGAGUCGGCUUCGAUCGUGAAGAGUCUCAACAGCAAGGAUAAAGAGAGCAUCAAAAACAAGUUCCAGACUUUCAACACGAGCUUUGAUGAGAUUGUGGCUCGUCACAAGACGUAUAGCAUGGAGAAGGAGGUGCGGCUGAUGUUCGCAAGGGACAUGCAACAGAUCCUGGAACCUCUGUAUUGUCGUUUCUGGGACCGGUACCACGAAAUCGACAAAGGCAAAGGCAAAUAUGUCAAGUACUCGAAGUCCUCAAUCGCUGCUGUUUUCCUGACUCUAUAUUGA